UUUUUUUUUUUUUUUUUUUGAAAAAUUUUCAGUUAACAUCCAUCUUUAUCUCCGUUUGCCAUCCCUCCGUUGUAUUCACAGCACCAGAACAAUUUCCUCUUUUCCGUUUUCUGUGCUUUUUAUUUGAGUUUCAGAAAUGAUCAACAACAUUUUCUAGCACAACAAUAAAGAUCAAUCUCCUCGCCACAGCCGUAGAUGGCUGCACCACCAAGUAGUCGUCAGCUCCAACACAUGCUGCAGAGGGCGGUGCAAACGGUUGAAUGGACAUAUAGUCUUUUCUGGCAACUCUGUUCCCAACAAAGGAUUCUAGUGUGGGGUGAUGGGUACUAUAAUGGAGCUAUAAAGACUAGGAAGACAGUGCAGCCAAUGGAAGUAAGCGCGGAGGAGGCAUCCCUUCAGAGAAGCCAGCAGCUCAGAGAACUAUACGAUGCCCUCUCUUCCGGAGACACAAACCAGCAGCAGCAGCAAGCGCGAAGACCUUCUGCAUCCUUGUCUCCGGAGGACUUAACGGAGUCUGAAUGGUUUUACUUGAUGUGUGUGUCCUUCUCUUUCGCUCCUGGAGUAGGAUUGCCAGGAAGGGCAUAUGCUAAGAGGCAACAUGUAUGGCUUACAGGCGCAAAUGAGGUUGACAGCAAACUCUUUACAAGAGCCAUUCUUGCCAAGAGUGCUCGCAUACAGACCGUGGUGUGCAUCCCUUUGCUGGAUGGCGUAGUUGAACUCGGAACUGUUGAAAGGGUUCAAGAAGAUCUGGGAUUCGUCCAACAUAUCAAGAGCAUUUUCGCAGAGCAUCAACAGCCUCAUCAGACUCCAAAGCCUGCGUUAUCCGAGCACUCCACUUCCAGUCCAGCUACUGCUUCAGGGCCACGUUUCCAUUCUUCCACAGUGCCAGUGCCUGCUACUUACACCACAAUUCACACGUCCCAAGAUAAUAGUGAUCAAAUAGAAGAAGAGGAAGAAGAAGGAGAAGACGACGAAGAAGACGCGGACGCUGACGCUGUUGCUGACUCAGAUUCUGACGGUGAGACAGUUCCUCAGAGUAGUGCCCCUAGUUCUGGGGUUCAGAACCCUAAUAGCAUGCCUCAAAUCAAAACUACUGAGCCCAGCGAGCUAGUGCAACUUGAUAUGUCCGAGGAUAUCAGGCUGGGAUCACCAGAAGAUGGCUCCAACAAUUGGGACUCUGACUAUCAUCUGCUUCCCCAUGGGCCAAACAAGAAUCAGGAAGUCCAGCAAAACCGGCCUGAUUUGUGUUCAUCACAGUCCACACCUAGAUGGCCGCGUAUACAGGAUCCCGGCAUCAAUCAUAGUCUAGAACCAGCCCCAACAACAUCAGGGGUCCCACUGUCAGAGAAUGAGUUCGCUCAAGAGGAUAGCCAUUUCUCUCAAACAGUGUCCACCGUUCUUCACCACCAAUCAAGCCGGUGUUCCUCCUCCAGCAUGACCGGCAACGUCACCCAAUCCAUCCACUCCGCAUUCUCCAAGUGGCCAGCCACCAGCUGUGACAGCCUCGCCCACGGCAACCUCCGAGGAUCCUCCUCCCAAUGGACACUCAAAUACAUACUCUUCACGGUUCCAUUCCUCCAUGCCUCCAACUCCGGAGACGAGACCUCCCCAAAGUCUCGAGACGCAGCGGCAAUAUCAGAUUCAGCCUCCCGCUUGCGCAAAGGCACCCCACAAGAAGAGCUCAGCGCAAACCACGUGCUAGCAGAAAGACGCCGGAGGGAGAAACUGAAUGAGCGUUUCAUCAUAUUGAGGUCCCUCGUGCCCUUCGUCACCAAAAUGGAUAAGGCAUCCAUUCUCGGGGACACCAUCGAGUAUGUGAAGCAGUUAAGGAAGAAGAUUCAAGAACUCGAGGCAAGUUUCCGGCAGAUGGAGGCCGAUGGACACCCCAAGAAGAAUGCCAAGGAGCAAAGAAGCAGUAGCAACAACACCGCGGCACGAGUACAGGUCGGACAAGGAUUGGAUAGGAGGAAAAUGAGGAUAGUGGAGGGUAGUCCUACAGGCGGAGGAAAGCCCAAAGCAGCGGUGGUGUCUCCGGCCGAGGGAGUGUUACAGGUGGAGGUGUCGAUAAUUGAAAGUGACGCAUUGGUGGAGCUGCAGUGCCCUCACCGGGAGGGGCUGUUGUUGGAUGUCAUGCAGAUGCUUAGGGAGCUUAGAGUAGAGAUCACAGCCGUCCAAUCCUCUCUUAGCAAUGGCUUCUUCGUUGCUGAGCUAAGGGCUAAGGUGAAAGAAUACGGGAAUGGUAGAAGGGCAACCAUUAUGGAGGUCAAAAGGGCAAUUAACCAAAUAAUCCCUCAGUAUUUGCUUUAAACAUCGAUAGGCAACCAAGAAAUUUUUUUUUUCAUCUAGUCAGGAUGAUAUCAAACUGUGAUAAUCGAGUAGAUGACAAGGUGUUCCUAGCCUAAACAGAUAACUAAUGACAAUCUACGAGUAACUACUUAACAAUUUCCCUCUACAAUUUUUUUGAAAUUAAUCUUUCUUACUAGUUUAAUUGAAA